AACAGAGUGAACAAAUUUGUGAUAGAUAAUAAAAUCAGAGCUUAGUGGUAUUAGUAGUAGAGUUGUGUGUGUGGUGUGCAGUGAGUGAAAAGAGUGAUGGUUAUGGAAACUGCCAUUUGUGGCCGAGUUGCUCUUUCUCCCCAUCAAAUCUUUCAACCAAAACCUGGAGAUAAGAAACCUCGCCAAAAACAAUGGACAAAUCGGAACACUUUAAUGGCAAUGCCUAUAGCAGUAGGCAAAGGUGGUGGGGUGUUGGAUAAGCCUGUUAUAGAGAAAACAACUCCUGGGCGUGAAUCUGAGUUCGACUUGAGAAAAUCAAGGAAAAUGUCCCCGCCCUAUCGUGUGAUGCUGCACAAUGACAAUUUCAACAAGAGGGAGUAUGUUGUUCAAGUACUCAUGAAGGUUAUACCAGGGAUGACGGUCGACAAUGCUGUUAAUAUCAUGCAAGAGGCACAUCACAAUGGUCUGGCGGUGGUGAUAAUCUGUGCUCAAGCUGAUGCAGAAGAACAUUGCACACAACUAAGAGGCAAUGGUCUGCUAAGCUCCAUCGAGCCAGCCAGUGGAGGUUGUUGAAGAUAAUGAACCUGAUGGGGGUGAUAUUGUACAUAAAUGUGAGAAUGGCAUAGUCGCAUAGUACCUCGUUACCUGAGUCUUUUGAGCUCGGAGUAGAACAUAUUACUGUAAACAAUGUCAGCACCAGAGACCGAUGAGUUUGUAUACUAGAAAUAUAUCAAUCAAUCACUCAACUAUGUCUAAAUUCAAAGUAGUUGGGUCAAAUCCCAAAUAUGAUUCCUCUGUUGCUAGUACUAUGUUCUAUCCAAGUCAUAUCAUUCAAUUCUUGCUGACUCA